AUGGCUCCAGCUUCACCAGAUGGCUUGAACAUCAUCAUCCUCGGCGGCGGUAUCGCCGGCCUCACCACCGCCCUCGCCCUGACCAAGUUCGCUCCCGCAGGCAAAGUCCCCAAUAUCCAGAUCUUCGAGAUCCGUCCCACCCCAGCGACCAUCGGCGGCGCCGUCAAUCUCACCCCCAAUGCCUUGCGCCUGCUCGACCACCUGGGCGCUCUCUCUAUCAUGAAGGAGCGCGAGUUCGGCCGCACCAUCGACUUCCUCGAGGUCUUUGACGUCUACUCUGGCAAGCUCGCGGAGUCUGACUUCUCCGGUGCUGAUGGGAAGGGGAUCGGUGACCCGCCGUACAAGGCUCUGCGGAUUACUCGCGGUGAUGCACUGAAGGCUGUGCUCGCGGCGGUGGAGAAGCAGGAGAACAUCACGAUGACUUGCGGCAAGCGGACGACUACGAUUGAGGAGACUGCGGAUAAGGUUACUCUUACAUUCGAGGAUGGUGGAAGUGCCUCUGGUGAGCUGUUGAUGGGCUGUGAUGGUAUCCACUCUGCCACCCGUCUCAAGCACGUCGAGCCGGAACGCAAGGCCGUCUACUCGGGCGUUUCGAACGCUUUCGGCUUCGCCAAAGGCCUGCCCAAGGACUUCCAGGUGCACUUUGAGUGCACCGCUAUCAACUUUGCUCGCCGCGGCAUGCUUCUGACGAGUUACUUCUCGAACGACACGAGCCAAGUCUACGUUGGUGGGCUUAUGCAGGUUGAGGACAUUGGAUCUCGGGAUGGCUGGAAGUCUGUUGGUGCGGAUGCAGAUAAGACCCGAGCGAAUUUGCUGGAUCGGUUUGGUGAUGCGAAGAUUCCCUGCAUUGUGCCGCUGAUCGAGAAGGCGGAGGACUUCUACCUCUGGCCUGUCUUUACGCUCUCGAAGCAGGGGAAGUGGUCUACCGACCGUGUCAUGCUUCUCGGCGACGCUGCUCACGCCAUGCCCCCUCAAGGCGAAUCCACCGGCAUCGUCUUCGAAGACACCGUGCUCUUCUCUCGCUGCCUGACGCGCUGGAUCGAAAAGGGCCGCCCCAACAGCAUGAAAGAGGCCUUUGAAGCCUACGAGAAGCUGCGCAGGAAGAGGAUCGAAGACGCGUUCGAGGAGUCCAAGGACGUUGUCCGGACCGUAUCGGAUGCCGGAUGGGUCGGCCAUACGAUCAAGACGUACGUCGUGCCGUGGUUCUUGUGGUGGACGAGGGCGAACCGGGAGAAGCAUUUUAUUGAGGAUGUUACUACGGUGGAUAUUGGGUACUAA